AUGGAUCAGUUUUACGAUGUUUUUAAAUUCUAUGCUGGGCAAUUUGCCAACAUUCCUAUGUUUCCAGUGCUACAAUGUGCUCAUUACACAAUUAUGUGCUUGAAACUGCGAAUGGAGGCUGGUAAGUGCAAAUAUACACACUUCGAAGUACUAGCUAUUGUACAGUGUAUUGUAAUAUUUUACAAAUUGAGUUUACUUGGAUUAUAAGUGCAUGCCCUACUUUGGCAGCAAUGUGACCAGGAAUUUCUUAAAUGGCAAAUUUGUUAAUGCUACGUUCCCUUCACAUACUUAUCAAACCAAUGGGAUGGAAAUAAAAUGGGCCAAAUGUUUUGCAGCUGUACCGGUCAUGUGACCAUAAUUAUACAUGGACAAAACGUUUUCAACCCUGAGGGAAUUGUUACUUGCAGUCAUUCAACACUGUGUUUGGCCUACAUUUUAAAAGCAUUUGUAGAAUAUUAAAUAUUCUAAAAAAUGUUUAAUAUUUAACUUUUUGAAAAAAAAAAUGUUAAUGGCACAGUCAAUUUCAAGUAUACCCAACCUCCUUCACUCCCUCUCGCUGCCUCUGGGCAAUAAACUCAAGAUCAGAGUUAACAUCCUUUUUGACAGACCUAACAAAUCUGACUUAAAAACAGAGGCCCAGGAGAGAGGACUGGGGAUGAAUCAGGAUUUUGUAUUUAAUUAGUGGAAGAGAAAGGGCAUUGUACUUGGCUCCAUUCAACCAUCUGUUAUGUGGUUUCGUUGUAUAAUAGAGUUCUUUUUAAGUUUUUUCCAAGGAGGUGUUGUUACCUGUUCUAAUUGGGAUGGAGGAAAAUUGUAACUUUACAUCAUAUUGAGAUGUCUGAAAUUAUUCAUUGGCGUUUUUCUCUUAGCCUGAGGAAAAGCCAUCUCCACCACUGAUUUCCCUGUAAAGUGAUGCAUGCAAAAUUUCCAUCCCUGAUGACAUGUCACUACCCAGAUCUUGGGUAGUGCUUCUGUAAAGGAAAUCAGUAUAGAAUUUCUGCACUAGCUCCUCAGACCUAAUUUCACGGGGAAAUUUAUGGUAGCAUUGCAAAAUUUUGGCCGUCUCCUCAAGCUAUUUUUCUCUAAGAUUUGUGACCUUGACUUUUGUAGGUUCAUUGUCAUUUGCCUACACCCAUCCAAUGUCUUGCUGGGUUUCAAGCAUCCUCACCUGUUUUGCUGGGACAAUUAUGGCAAACUUUUUGCUAGGAAAUGCUCUCAUUUUACCAUUGUUAGACAUGCAACAGAUUGCUAUUUUGACUGUUAUCUGGUAAGUGAUAGUGAGUUGUAGCUACAACCAUUAAAUUAGUGAUCUAAUAACCUAAAAGUAAGUGGAGGCUCUGUAAAUGGACAGCUGUAUUUAUGGCCGUCUUCAUAAAACCUUGUUUUUCUCAACUCCCAUACAAACUCUGUGACCGUAUUUUUUACAUUCCCGUAAGCGGCCAGCUCCAGUUACAGACACCUUUCUCACGUCCCGAGCAUGUCUGCUCAUGAGAGGUUCCACUGUAUUUUCCUCUGUGAAAGAUAUCUUGAGGAAGAAUGAGCAAAACAAUGCAAGAGUCCAUGAAAUUACCUGCGCCAUAUACACUGUCGUGGUUUCUAUACACAUCUUAUACAUAAUAUAUGCUGGGCACCCUUUUCAUAUGCUUAGAACUUUUGGGCUUCUUGUGUUACUCUCUGUUUCCCCACCUUCCCCAGCCAAAAAAGGGACUGAGUAUUAAUAGCUUUGUCAGAAAGUUUUGAAUUAGACGGCUGAGUUGUCAAAGUGAGUGGCCAGUCCAGGGAUAUUUUAUUUAAAAAAUGCCAUCUGUAAAGAAAGGCCAAGCAGAGUAGCUGGCCAAUACUAACCUGAAGUAGCCGGCGAUUUUCGCUGACAGCUGGCUACUUUUGACAAACACUGGUAUUAAACAUCCCUAUCUCUCUUAACUGAUUUUUAUUGAAAUUUCCAUAAUGAAUGCACACAUGACCGGAGGAAACAAGACUUGUGUCCCAGUAGAUAUCAUUCAACCCCUUCCAUACCAACCUAAACCAUGAAAGGUUGUCCACACCACUAGGGUCUAGGUCCACUACUCUUCACGAACAGCAGUGUGGAUUCUUUCACAUCCCACUAGAAUCAAAUCAGAUAAGGAACUGAGAGACAGGGCCUUGUGUCACUUGCCAUUAUCCAUUUUUUGUAGUAUUGAUUAAACCGUUUUGUUUUCACCAAAAUAAAACUUGUCCUAUUUCUUUUACAGGUAUCUUGUAUUCUUUUGUCCACUGGAUUUGUUUACAAAGAUUUUUAUGCUCAAGCCAUUUUGGGUAUGCAUUGUUCAUUCUAGAGGUUUAUUUUUUUCUACUUACAACUAUAAUAUGUCAAGGGCAGAGGUGACCUUACCUUGGUUCUACAAAGUGGCCUUGAGACUGAGAUUUAUCAGUAACUGGUUUUCAUUAAAAUAUACUGUUAAAUAAUGUUUUUUAGAUUGCUCUUCUUGUUUUGAAAGAAGCCCAUAGAGCUAAAAAUGUUCUAAAGGGGGUUGAAAUGGCUUCCCUAGCCUACCCAGAUGCGUGGCUUGUCAUGAUCGCCAUAGGAACUGCUAAAGGUAUGAUUAUAAUAAUUAAUGAUUAUUGCCACCAAUGCAGAAGGAAUGCUCUCUUUUAAUGUAUUCAAGCAUGUGAUCAAACCAUUUUUAAGGGUCGGACAAGAUACAACCUAAAUACCUUGACACCUUAUAUCUAUAUUUUUCUAUUAGCACGCCUGUAUACUUAAAAUUCACGUCUUUUUUCUUUAUUUUUAAAUGCCACCUAGUAUUCAAAUUGCCUGUGGCGGAAAAUCUCUAUUCCUCAUAAGCUCUGCUUCGCGGAGAUUUCCCCGCCACAGUCACUGAUCCUUCCGAGUUGUAUGUUCAUUUUAAAUUUAAUAUUAAUUAACUGUUUAUUAUCUUUUCUAUUCUACUUGUAAUUUAUUCUGUGUGGCAAGAUAAUAAAAUAAAAUAAAAUUGGAGGAGACAAUUGGUUAAAUGGAUCUGAAAAUCAAGGGCAAGUAUCAUAAAUCCUCCCCACGUGGGGGAGGAAAGAUUGCGUGACGAACCCCUUAGAACGUUUGCGUGGGAGGCUAUCCUUGUAACCCAUGUAAAUCUUCUUCUUUGUUUUCCAUUUCAGCUGUCUUACAACCUUGUUUCAAAGCCUUGUUUCUUGUUGAAUUUUAUCCUAACACUGGUCCUAUGUUGAAUAUUUGUCCGUAAAAAAAGACAAAAGUCCUCGACCUUCAUCUGAUGAAUCUGGACAUCACUUCAAACAGGUUCCGUUUUAACUUGGAUGUUUACUUCGUGAAAUAGGUAGUAACAUUCAAUAAACAAACAGUGAUGACUCUGUAACUACAUCUAGAGGUAUGGUGGGUUAGUGGUUAGUGCUUUGGACUCUGGAUCAAGAGGUCCAUGUUUGAGGAGGAGGUCAUUGUGUUGUGUUCUUGGGCAAGACAUUUUACUCUCUUAGCACAGUUGGUCAUUGGGCAGCCUUUUGUGUGAGAAGUUUUGAGUACAAUUCCCAGGUGCAACUUCCAAAAUCAUUGUUUUUACUUCUUUCCUUUCCGUGUAGCUUUAUGUAACUUUAAAUACCUGUAACACUGAGCACUGAUGGAGAGAGCAUGGGGAAUUUAUUGCAAGUGAACGGCUCGGGAGCAUACAAUCCUAAUCUCCAGGUUGCUAUCAUGCAUGCAUGGCAUGUAUGUAGCCAGGAUAUUGAACUGUCUAUCACUUGUUAUCUGGUGACCUGCUUUUCCACAUUCUGUUGGGUGAAACUUACGUAAAGCAAAGCUAUUUUAGGCAAACUGCUGUUAAGAACGCCUGAUAUUUUCUCACAUUAGCUGUGGGCUUUAUAUUUCAGCGUCACUAAAUUGGCCAUAUUAGGCAGCAUCCUUGUCAUUAUGGUGCGUAAACGCAUGUUGGAUUUCUCUACACCUGAAGUUCUUCUUCUUGUUGCUUGUGUUGGUUCAGUUCUUCAAGUCAUCAUGUUCUUGAGCAACACAAGCGAUCCAUUCACGCAUCUGGAAAAAGCUGUUGCUGCUGUCCUCUUUCGAGAACCAACUGAAAAGGCUAACACAUCGGACAGCAAGAAGAAAAAGGAAUAG